AUGGGCAUGAAUGCGAAGAUAAAAAAGGAGAAUGAGUUAGAUCAGCACGAUAUAAACGAUAUUGACUUAGUCAUUUCAAUAGGAGGAGAUAGUACAUAUCUUAAAGCAGCAGGAAUCAUUUUAAAUAAUGAGUUGCCAAUCUACGGAAUAAACAGUGAUCCAACCAGAAGAACGGGGGCACUAUGCAAUGAAUCACUAAUUUUUUAAGAAAGAGAAUAGCAAAUCCCUGUUAUUAUAGAGUAGAUUUUAGCCGGAGAAUAUUCUUCAUUUUAUCGAAAUAGAGCAUGGUUUACCAUUGAAAAUCCAGUCACUGGAAUGCAAACAAAUAAGUUAUGCCUGAAUGAGGUUUUUGCUGCAGAAAAAGAUGUUUCAUGUACAAGCAUGUAUCGAGUAUAAGUAGACGGUAGGGAUAUGGGAAAAUUCAAAAGUAGUGGACUUCUAAUUGGUACUGGAACAGGAUCAUCGGGAUGGCUGUAUUCUGCUCGUUAAGUUACAAAUCAAGAAGUCAGCACAAUAUAAUCCAUUAUAGGCACUUAUGAUAAUAGUGAACUCGUAAGAUUAAAUAAGAUCUUUUAAUAUCUUUCUUGCAUUUAGGUUAAUUCAAAUAUAUCUGGACUGAUAAGCAGUAACAAUGUAUUUCCUUAUGACUCAGAUAAACUGUAUUACCUUGUAAGAGAAGGAUACGUUUCAGAUCCUUCCUCUUACACUUGGAGAGCUGAAGGAUAUUGCUCGAUGAUAAAAGUGAUAAGCGAAAUAAUUGAUGGAAGCGUAUAGAUAGAUGGAUACUUUAAGUAUGAUAUUGGGAUAGGUGAUGUUUUCACAGUAGAAUCAUGUCCCUAAAAGAGCCUCAGAUGUAUUAGGCUAAAUAAGCAAUAUGAAAUCAAGGGCCUACCUUCUUAGUAACAGUCACAGUAGGAGAUUCAAAUAUGA